CGCGGUCACCAUGGAGACGGCGCCCCGCCCUCGUUUGUUGCUGGAGGGAAACAGAGGCAAGACAGAGAGGAGGGGGGAGGUGGAGCGUGAAGGGCGCACGAGAGCGAGGCGGUGCCGGUGCGGCUUUAACGGAGCCGCUCGUCCCGCGUUUCCUCAGUCAGCUCAGCGCUCCGUCCCGCACAUCAUGGGGCGCUAUAACGGCCAGACAUGCCGGCUGAUUUUCAUGCUCGUCAUCACGGUGAUCUUUUUCGUGGCCGAGAUCGUUGCGGGUUACCUGGGGAACUCGAUCGCGCUGGUGUCGGACUCCUUCAACAUGCUGUCGGACACCCUGUCUCUGUGCGUGGGGCUGGCUGCGGGGAGACUGGCGCGCCGGCCCGCCACUCCGGGCUGCACGUUCGGCCUGGCCCGGGCUGAGGUGGUGGGCGCGCUGGCCAACGCGGCGUUCCUGGCGGCACUCUGCUUCUCCGUGUCCGCCGAGGCGGUCAAGAGACUCGCGCAGCCCGAGGCUGUGGCCGAGCCGUUCACCGUGCUGAUCGUCGGCUCCCUCGGGCUCGCGGUCAACGUCGUCGGGCUGCUCGUGUUCCAGGACUGGCGGUGGCUGUGCGGGAAGAAGGAGGAGGCGCGCCGGGACGAACCUUCCGACAGCGACGGGAAAAUUGUCAUGAACGGCGAAGCAGGCUCCGAGCAUCCUGCUUCACAACCCCAAGAUAAGAAGCCGAGUGACGGACCACCGCUGAACAUAAGAGGAGUCUUACUCCAUGUGCUGAACGAUGCUCUGGGUUCGGUCGUUGUGGUGGUGGCCUCGCUGCUCUUUUACCUACGGCCCCUGCCAGACGGCGAGACCUGUAACUGGCAGUGUUACGUGGACCCUAGCCUGACGCUGGUCAUGGUGGCCAUCAUCAUGUCCUCGGCUGUUCCCCUGGUCAAAGAGACCACCAGAAUUCUUCUACAGAUGAGUCCACCUGACCUGGACGUCCCCAUGAUCUUGGAGGACGUAUGCCGGCUUCCCGGGGUCCUCGGCGUUCACGAAGUGCACGUGUGGGAGCUGGCCAAGGAUCGGAACGUGGCCUCCAUGCACGUCAAAGUGACCUCCGACCUGGAAAGCUCGAAAGGCGAAAUUCGACGGCUCCAUAUGCGGAUCAGAGAGGCGUUCCACCGAGUGGGAAUCCACAGCGUCACGCUUCAGAUGGAGUUCGUCGAUGAGGAGAUGGAGAACAGCCACUGCGACACUCCGUGCAUCUCUGACCACUGCCUAAAGCAAUCCUGCUGUCCCGCCGAUACUAAAACGCACAACCAUACCGACGUCCAUAAAGUCAACGACUCCCGUCCUUCUGGAGAAACGGUCGUGGUCUUCGCGGACGGGAGUAGAGACGAGCGCGCAUCACACUCGGACAGCACGCCGUUUUAAACCUUCAGGUCUGUCUGCUCGAACUAAACCGAGCUUUAACGGAGUGUCCCGGGCACGUUCAGAACGACAGCCAUUUUAUCAAACACCCCAAGUGCUAGAACCCACUCAAAUACAACCUGUUUUUGUUUUUUUUUUUUAGCUGAGCUGACCUGAAUUCCCCCCCCCCCCCCCCCAGAAUGCGCCGCAAGCAUACAAGUCCUUGAGGCGAUAUUCAUUAAACGUAACCGAAUCUGUCCGUUUAGUUUCAAGAACGCUUGCACUAACUGCUAAUUAUCAGCAAUUAUAUUGUUAUAGUAGAAGCCAUUACUACAACACACCUUACAUUUCAGCACGGUCAACAAGCUGCUAACAAGACCGUAGCUUCGGGUUUUGCUCAGGAAGAACAGAGUUUGAGAAUACCUUUAACAUCAAUAAAGGAAAUAUUUAGCAAUGAAAAGGGGGCAAAACAAAAUCCGUUAACAAUUUUAAAAGGUUCAGUAGAACAUUUUAACAUCAAAUACUCAAAGCUGUUUAUGGAUGUAAGAAAGCUGAAAAUUAUUUAAAAAAACAAAAACAAAACAACUCGGUAGAAGUAUUGCCCAGCCCCACACGCUAAUUAGCCAAGUUGGUGACGAUGCUAGGAGGCUAUGUGUAUAAAUACACUGCCACUGGUCUGCUUUUAAUCAGUCCUCGCUUACCUUGAGCUGGCUUCUACAUAGACCGUAUUUUUUUUUAAAUUUAAUCUAGACAUCUUUGCUACAUCCUCAGCGAGACAGCAAAAAUAACAUUCCAUCCAACUGUAGCGUUGAGUUUGGUUCCCGUUAGUUGUAUUAUGGAGAAUAAAGCCACCCUUCAACAUUAUAGAUGUAUAUUACAUCAGACAGAGUCUUGCUAACUAGCUAGCUAUGGAUUAGCUUUGGUUAAUAUGGCUGAGAAACUCCCUGGAACAUUCCAGUUAAAAAUCAGUUCUAAUAAGAAAAUAAUCUAGCAUGGAUUUUCGGCCAUUAUAAAAACACACAUUAAGAGGACCGGUCUUAAUUCCUAUCCGCUUAUUAGCGGAAUCAUUUUCUUUGCGCAACGUUUAGCUCUCAUACUGUCAGAUUGGUAGGUGAAAGGGCUGGUCUUAACUGCUACCCACAAAUUAAUUGGCAGGUUCUUAGCUACAUACUGAAUAAGCUAGCCCUGUGCAAAAUCUGACUAGCAAGAAGUCCCCCAGAGAUCAUCACUUCUCAGAAGGAGUUCUAGCGAGGACUUAUUCAACACUAGAGUUUGGGACACAACAAAAAACCUCGUUCUGUUAGCGUUCCGUUUGGAGAAGACGGAUUAGUCCAGAUACAAAUCCUCAGGGACUAGAAGGACCAUUCCAUAUUUGUGAGUGCAAGCUACUGUAUUUAUUUAACGUCCUGUGCUGCGACUGUGACGCACUCAGUUUCUCUCGGACUCUUCAGGUUCGUACGCCGUUCAGACCGUGAUGGGGUUUUGUGAAGAACAAUCACGCGGUUGAGACGAAACGUGCUCAUGAUCUUAAAUCCCAUGGUGCUGUUUAUUUAUCCCAGUGAGCACCGACUGGACAGAGACCUCCAUCUGCCUUCAAAUUAACACACUUCCUUUCUGGGUCUAUUUUGUGUUGUACAAAAGCCCUGAACCGAGAAUAAACAAAAAUCAUUUCAACUUAAUAUCUGAUUAUUUUAACUUAACUCAUUAUUUUUAAGCCGUCGUCUCAUUAAUACACCUUACUAUUUGAAAUUAAUGCUCAACAGCCCACAACAAAUACGAUUCAGAGUAAGAAUUAUAAACGAAUAUUCAGUAGGCUUAGUUGAUUCAUAGAUUAUAGGUUGUUAAACAUCAAGUCAAAAAAAUAAAAUAACGAUGGGUUUCAAACUAACGAGAUAAAUGAAAACAAGUCAGAAUAAUGAGGUGUCCAAAUAAUAAAGCACAUCAACUUUCACAACUUGCAGUUUAAAGGUCCGUCUGGCAAAGACAUCUAAUCCACGAGUGCUCACUGGGAUCAUUUGCUACGGCCUUAAAAUCCCAAACGGAAUUGCUGUACUAUUUUAAUAGCAUCUCAGAUUAUAUCAUUUUCUAUCAGAUCAGCAAUUCCUAACUGAGGUUUUUGGGUAUUUUUUUUUUUUUUUUUAAAUUGACGAAAUCAAUGCAGCAAGUUCCUAUUUUCGUCUUCUACUUUCGUUUUAUUGUUCAAGCUGUAGGUCAUCGAACGUUCAUCUUUUACCUCAGAUAUUACAGGAACUACACCUUAAUUUUUAGGCAAUGCUAACUACUAUGAAGUUCUAUCACUUAUCAUUGUAAAUUCAUAAAAUCUAUAGGGUACCUUUCAUUUUUUUAAAAAAAAUCUGCAAUAUGGCAUUGUAUUCAUUUUGGAGAGUUUGCAUUCGCACAUUACUGUGACUUGAGAAUGUAAUGUAAAUAUCAAAGUGCACUUUCAGUUCGUUUAGCAGCGUAAGGAAAGAAGGAACCGUCAAAGUAACUAAAAUGUAAGUGUAGCAAGUUACGAUUCCUUCAGACUUGGUCGUAUGUAGCGAAACCUGCCUUACAGCUCUGCUUUCCAGACAGUGCGACACUAGAAACCGGGAACGUUGGCAUGGAAAAUAAUUUGAAAGACAAGUGCUUAUAAUAAAUUACGCAUUAAUACAAGCGAAUCUAAAUCUCAGAGUUUACUUUGCUGUCAGUACAGAUGUACGACUUCAGCUCUUCAGCGGCUGGUCAAACACCACCAAAGGCGGCAGAACUCCGGCAUUUUAGCCGACUUUGGAGCUCUAACCCUGCUACAGAGCUCAUUAUGCUUCAGUCGAUCGUUUUCAGAGUCCCCAAGUCAAGCACUUUGUUUAUUCACAGUUUUUAUUUGAAAAGAAUUGACCAAUUUAUCUUUUUUAUAUAGUGAACCUGUAGUACAUUUGAUCAAUAUUAAACCUUUUAUAAAACAGAGAGGCACAUUGUUUCACACCGUUUACGAUUCAGAAAUAAACACGAGUCUGUUCAGAAAAUUCUUCAUCGAGUGCGCUCAAAAUAUUCAAACAAUAUUAAAUCGACGAAGCCAUUAUCGUAAACAGAAUCGAAACAUACCCUCUUACUACAGCGACAACGUUUUCGUCUACUCUACAGGUCCCUGUGUACAUAGUUACUACAUCACUGUGGUUUGCAUUGGUUUAAUCUUUGGCCUACAUUUCUAGUAAACUUUAGUCGAACCCUGUUAACGAUUGGACCACACUGAAACGCGUUACGUCUGGAAAGCAGCCGAAUGUCUUAAUUUUAUGCACAAAUCAGCUUUUUUUUUUUUUUUUUUUAAAUGACUUCUAUAUUUCUGAUUUUUUUUUUUUUUUGGGCAUAAAACCGUAUCAAUAAACUUCAGUUAUUGUUGUGUCUUUUUCUCCCUCUAAACCCUAACCUCAUGGAUACACAAACUAGCCAAAAUGAGCGUGGAACAAGUAAACUGAUAUUUAUUAGUAGUGCACAUUUGGACACUGAAUUUUCAAGAAAUACUGAAUACCAUCACAGGUUUACUUUGCGAUCGUGAUUUUAAAAAUAAAAAAAAGACAGUCUACUAGUGAUACCACUUCUCUCUUUUCCAAUAGAUAGCGAUUUUGAUGCUCAGUCGAUAUUGAUGCACAUUUCUUUAAAAAUUACUAAGCUCCAGAAUGAUGAAGUGAAGUCUGUGGGAAGGAAAAAACUAAACAAAUCAAAAAUAAUUAUAAAGCACGAACAAUUUUAAACUGAUCCUGGGGAUCGGCUCAGUGCAAGCUCUAGAAAAUAUAUUUAUACCAUUUCUAAUUUUUCAAAUUAGAAUUUCAAAACAUACAGCCUUCUUUAAGAAUUAAAAUCAAAAUCAAUCAGCCCAAAGUGAUUUCUUCCUUAACCAAUUUUUACACUACCACUAUAAACACAAGUUUAUUGUUUAAAAUCAUCGGUUUAUUUGAACACACAGACUUUAAGGCAGACUUGAAUGAACUUAUACAUUGGUUUGCGUGCUUAACGAGUAGACACUUGGAGAUGGAAACCCUGGAGAUGUUUAGUUUAUUUUUGCAGUUAAAAUUCAACAGUACAGUAGGUUCCAUAAGUCCGAGUCCACUACCAAGAACGGUUUAUAUUUCACUAAUCGCGUCCAAACGUGGGAUAAAAAAAUAACCAGAAAUAACUACAUUUACAUAAAAGUUGGGGUCUCAAAAACAAGUUAAAGUGUCCAUGCUUACAUGACUAACAGUGGUAGUUUAAAAAAAAAAAAAAAAAAAAGUAAUUAUUUUCUAACAUGGUCUUGUGUAAAAAUUUACAAAAACUUAGGGUUAGGAUUAGCCGUGGAAUUUUCUACCCCUUACAACUACAUUCGUAUGAAAUCCAACUGCAUCGCGGUUCCUUGUUCAAAUUUAUACGACGUUUGCAAGAGUCCUUUUCCGUGAAAGUAGCUUCAGUAUAAAUUUGGACUAAAUUAGUAGAACUUACAUCAAGAUGGAUAGUGGAUACUUCAUUGGAUGUUUUAAGAAGGAAAAUCAAUCAUGAUGGGGAGCACCGAUAUAAGAUAUAUAAAUAAAAAUCAACAACCUGCCUCGCUCCCCACUUAUAAGUUGAUAAAACAAAAAUUGCAGUUUGUUGCACAGAAAACUCGACGCAAAACUCCUGAAAACUUUCCUGUGUCAGAAAGCAUGACGGCUGCAAAGCAGUGACACUGGAGAGUUCAACUCAACUCUUUUAUAUAGCACUUUUAAAAACCAAUAGUUUACCAAAAGUGCUUCACAACCCCAAAGCGAAAAACAGUAAAACGACAAACACACACACUCCAAUGACACGUCAAGUACUCGGUGUUCCCACAGUUCAAAUGCUAAAGUAUAAAAAACGUGUUUGCAGUUCGCACGAUUCGGCGUUCAUUCCAGCAGACGCGAAAUCCUGAAGGGACUGCCGUAGAAAUGAUAGAGUAUCAGAAUAAGCGCAUUAAUACGAACCCGUGGGUUAAAUUAGAGCCAGAACUGCUCUCCACACCUAACUAAUGUCAACACCUUCCGUCCGAUCAGAAUCGAGAAUUCCACAGCGCUGUAAUUAAAAACGUACAGAAAUAUAUAGAAAUGGGGAAUAAGAGUAAAGUAUGUAUAGUAAUAAAUUACAGUUACUUGAAUCUGUUCCACUUGGGUUUCAUUUCAAACACGAUUCCAUUAUUGUCUUCGUCCAGGACGUUACAGAAAGGAAUCUCCAGUGUCAGGGCUUUGUAACACUCGGUAUGUUUACGAGGGGUUUAUGAUUUUUACGGCUUCUCGGUAACGCGGUAAGAUUGUUUUAUUUUACUAAACUCAAGCAGGACAAAGAGAGAGGGUGGUGACGGAAAUACUGUUUAUACAGGUGAGAAGUGAUGAUGGCAACUUACCUGUUUCAUGGAUGUUUCAUAAACUAUGGACGGGUUUUUAAAAUUUUUUUUUUUUAGGUUUUUACAAUUGUGCCAUUCAUUAAGAAAUGAAACAUUGUAAUUCACUGUGGUAGAAGAGGAAUAAAACAUUUUUUUUUGCAGUUA